GAUGACCAAACAAAUAACAAUUUCGUUAUUUGAGUGUGAACAUAAUUAAUUAUAUUUUAAGUUAAAUAUUAUCGAUUACCAAUAUAGUACUGGUAGUGAUGUGAAUACAAAACAAAUCUUCCAUAUUUGAAGAUGGGUCGGUCUAAAUCAAAUCCAGUGUCAAAAUACUUCACAUACAUUGAUAGAACUGAUCUAUCUCAAUGUGAAGUACCUGGCUGCAAUAUGAUGCUCAAAGGCAAGCAUUCAGCCAAUUUGGAACGGCACCUCCAAAGAAGACAUCCUGAAGAUUUUCAUCAUUUGCAAUUGAUGAAAUUGGAACCGAAGAGGAAAAUCAGUGAAACAAGGUUUACCAGCAUAAAAGUACCAGUCAAGCAGACUAAAUUGGAGGAUGUUAAACUAACCAUAGCAGUGUCAAUAGCUCAACAAACUUUGGUCGAUGCAUGCAUUGAACUUGUGACAAUCAACAGUAGACCUCUCAAUUUGAUUAAUGAUAGUGGAUUCAGAAAGAUUGUUGAUCCCAUCAUUUGCGGUCUUGGUGGACAAUUGAAUAUAAAUGAUGAAAGUAUACAACAUUUGAUUGCAACCAAGGCUGAGACUAUUAGAGAUUCAAUAAUGAAAGAGUUGAAGGGAAAGUUAUUAUCCAUUAAAAUUGAUUGCGUUCAGAAGAUGGGAAGGCAUAUUAUUGGAAUUUAUGUGCAAUAUAUCAAGAAUACUAGAAUGGUUUUGCAAACUUUGGCUAUUAUUGAGUUGGACAAUGACAAUACAUCAAAGUAUUUGGAAAAAAUGUUGCUAAAAACCCUGGAAAGAUAUGAAAUCUGCAUUGAUCAGUUGUAUUCUGUGACUAUGAGUGAUGGUUCUUUAUUGAAUAAAGAUGUCCCUUUGGUGUCUGAAUAUAUUACAGAUGCUGAAAGUGUAGACAUAUCUGGAAUUAAAGUUAGUCAACCAUAUUCAAUGCCCAAUAAUAAUGAACUCUUUAACGACUCGAAUAUAAAGAAAGAACAUGACGCGGGUAACAUUAAAAUGAAUGCGGAGAAAAUUGCAGAAGAGACUGAAUUUUAUCUGGGAGAAUUCGAGGAAAGAGUAACAGUUGUAAGAUGCCCAGGCCUUACGUUGGAGAAUGCAGUGAAUGAAGCUCUACAAUCGGAAAUAGAGUUUAUAACAAAAACUCAAGAAGUUUACAAGAAGUUGUUGAAAAAAUCUAUCACAGAUAACCAAACACUGUGGGGUUCAACAUAUGAAGUAAUGCAACAAUUAUUGGAGUUAAAAGACUUUUGCAAUGGCAUGGCUCUCUGGAAGAGCGAGUUUCAUCUAUCUGAAACUGACUGGGAGCAUAUAAGUAGCAUCGUCGAAUCUCUAAUACCCGUGAAAGAGGCGUUUGCCAAAUUGGAAAACGAUCAACUCGUGAUGGGCGAUUUUUAUGGAAUCUGGUGGAAUUGUUAUACUGCGACUAGAAAACUCGAAACUAGUAUGGCUCGAUCGCUUUGCGAGGCAAUGCAGAAACGAGAGGGUAAGCUGUUCGAGAGCAACGUCUCGAGGGCGGCGAUUUUCUUGGAUCCGCGAUACCAAUGCGUUUUAUCCACGAAAUGCAAAGAGGCUGCGAAAAUACAUUUGCUCAACAUGUGGGAUUCGUAUAAAUCCAUGAUGCAGCAGGAUCCGCUCGAAUCGCAUUCAACCAGCGAAAGCAAUAACGAAGAUGAUUCCGAUGAUCUCGAAAUGAUGCUUAAAUCUCGUAAAGGCCAGAAUCAAGAUUCGUCUUUCGAGACUGAUAUGUUGUACGUUUUGAAUGCGUAUGAUCAUGUGGCACACGUCCAUCAUAAAACGAGCAUCUUUGGAUACUGGGAAUCAGAGAAAGGAAAAAGACAAUUGUACGAUUUGGCUUACAUUGCUCUAUCGGUGCCGUCCACGCAAAACAGUCUGAAACGGAGUUACUCUGCAAUCGACUUCAUAUUCUCGAAUUUAAACUCGACGGUUCAGGAUGAACAUAUUUUAGAUAAUGUUAUGAUUAUAAGAGGGUAUACAAAAUAAAGACUUAUUGCAAUAUUUGUUGUUUCAAUGUUA